AAUAAUAAUAAUCAAAAUGUUGCGUCUGACAAUUAUUUUCUGUUUGAUUGUUGGAGCUUUUUCUCAAUCAUCAUUUCGCGAUAAUAGUUGCCCUGUUGUAAAUCUUCGGGGUCCAUUCGAUUUGAGUAGAUGUCUGGGAGAUUGGUAUGUUCACCAACGUAGUUCCAUUGAUCGCCCUGUUAAGGAAAAAUGUUUAAAAAAAACUUGGUUUGAAUAUGACGGGGACCUUUAUGCUAUUUUUAGCAGUACUUCAACAAAAACCAACCAUACAUUAACAAUUGAAGGAAAGGCGUAUGUAAAUAAUGACAAAACAGUAUCGCUAAUUUAUGAAUUGCCAAUUGUAGGAAAUUACCUUAAAAGGUAUUGGGUUCUUGAUAUAGAUUAUGACAGUUAUGCAAUUGUCUGGAGCUGUCUAAAUGGUAUUGAAACUGUGUGGGUAUUCUCACGAGAACAAAUACCACGUCGUGAUAUCAAUUAUUUAACAAGAAGAGCAAUGGCUAAAUACAAUCUCAGGUUGCCGUAUUUGGUUACAAUUGAUAACCAAAAUUGUUCUCAAAGUUGUUACCAAUGA